CUAAUCUGUUUAUGGGCACAGAACAGGGUGGGUCGAAACAUUUAGUUUUCAGGUACCAAAGGUUAAUCUGUUCAGUGAAGGCUAAAUUAACUCAGGCUGAAUUAAGACUGACAGAUCAGAAGCCUCAAAGGGUCUCUCUUGGUCUUCCUUUCACCCUGUAAAUAAUGGAUACUAUUGUAUGGAUGUGAACCAGGAUUAUUUUGUAGUCUGAAGCAAUAUUUUCUAUCUCUGAAUCAUUGUUUGUAAUUUAAAAAUGGCUUUAAGAUUCUCAAAGUCAUUGAGCUUUCUUCUGCUGUGUGCCUUGCUGGCUCCUGUAAGCUCCCAGUGGUGGAAAAUAUUUCUGAAUAAUACACCAAAAAAACCUACAACAGUUCAUCCCCAAAAUACCAAAAUGCCUCUCCCCACAGAAACUGCAGCAAUGCAAUCUACGAUGGCUGAAAUAAAUCAACAUCCAGAAACUGCGGCAAUGGAAGCUGCUGAGACUGUGACAACUCAAGCCCCAAAAGCUGCAAAAACCCUGCCCUCGGAGAUGGCAACGGUGCACCCCAUCAAGGCUGAAGCAAGUCAAGCUGGACAAACUGCAACAGUACAACCCACUGAAACUGCUGUCAGUCAGCCUACAGAAAUUGCAGCAAUGCAACCCACUGAACCCAAAGAAACUCAAUCCGGAGCAGUUACAACAAUGCAACCUCCGGUACCUCCAGCAAUGCAACCCACAGGAGUGGAUGCAACUUUGGGACAAGAUGGUAGAGCUUCUAAAUCCGCUGCACCUUCAACCAGCUCUGUGACCAAAAGCUACCAGUAUGUCCCUGGGACCACCAUUGGAAAAGGCAUAACUCCAGCACCAGAAGAUAAAGCACCAACUGCCCCAGGCAAUAGAUCACAUGAGGACAUCAAUCUGCUACAGCUGAUCUCAGAAGAGUCUCCGCAUGUGUCCAAGGUUGAAGGAUUGAAUGGAGGAACUGCGUUUGCUUUUGACUCUGGUUUCAUGCCUACACCGGUUCCAGUCCCAACCCUCUUCCCAGAACCGUUCUACCGAGAUUUUUCCAUCCUAGCAACACUGAAGCAAAAUGACGAAAGAGGUGGGGUGAUUUUUGCUGUUGUGGACCCAUCUGAGAAAGUCAUUUCCCUUGGGAUGAAGCUAUCCGCGGUGAUGGACGGCAGCCAGAACCUUGAGCUAUAUUACACAACCCUUGACUCAGAUGGUUCUGAAAUUCUUUACUUCAGCCUGCCGGCCAGAAUGAAACAAUGGCUACGUCUUGGAAUCAGUGUUGAGGGGAAUAUGGCGGUCCUCCACCAGUGGUGUCAGAUGCCCAGAAGGCUUAAACUCAAAAGAUCACCUGGGCCCCUGGAAUUUCACCCACAUUCUAAAAUAUACAUUGCUAACGCUAAACCAGUGGACGGAGAUAAGUACAGAGGAGCGAUUCAACUUUUGUCCAUCACGCCAAACCCCGAGGAUGCAGAGAGGCUGAAGGACAAGCAAUGUGAUGACAUGGCAGUUGAUGAAUACGAUGACGAUGAAGAUGAUCUCAAGAAUUCCGGAGUAGUGGAGGCCACAGACCUGGAUAUGGAAUUCACUCCACCACAGCCCACUACCUUCCGAUCAUCAGAAGUGACAUCAGAUGACAAUUUUAUAGUGGGUUCGGGUGAUGACGUCUUUGCAAUCCUUCCCACAGAAGAUACAGAUAUCAAAACUGCAUCGGAGGAGGGAGACAUGGCAACUGUGUUGAAAGGAGACAAGGGUGAAAUUGCUCCGUGCAACUGUCCUGUGAUACCUGGACCCCCAGGGCCAAAGGGUGAUUCCGGACCUUCAGGCCUGCCUGGACUGCCUGGAGAAAUUGGUCGGCCAGGCCAACCUGGUUCUAUGGGACUACCUGGUCAACUUGGAGCUCCUGGUCUACCUGGACCUCCGGGUCUACCUGGAGUACCUGGUCUACCUGGACCACGUGGACCAGCAGGCCCACCUGGACCAGUAGGCCCACCUGGACCAGUAGGCCCACCUGGACCAGCAGGCCCACCUGGACCAGCAGGGCCUAAGAAAACAAGCAGCUGGUUUGGAACUACAAGUGAAGAGGUUCCUGAAGUCUCUGGAAGUCCUGGUAUACCUGGAAAUCCAGGCCCACCGGGACCAAAAGGAGAUCCAGGAGAUCCAGGGAAGCCAGGACUCAAGGGUGAACCAGGGCUUUCAGGGCAUCCAGGGACUGGAAUUCCUGGAGAAAAGGGCGCAAAAGGUGACAUGGGUCCUCCAGGGUCUCCAGGACCAACGGCAAUGUGUCCGAGUGAUUUAGAGUAUCACGACCGGUACCACAAAGGUGAAAAAGGUGACCCCGGUCUUCGAGGUGAAAAGGGAGUCCCUGGAAUGCCUGGUCCUCCAGGUCUGCCAGGUUUGCCAGGCUUCACUGGAGAACAGGGAAAGCCGGGCGUCUGUGAGCAGAAAUGUGACAGUCUACCAGGACCGCCAGGUCCCCCUGGACCUGUAGGCCCACCUGGUCCAGUAUUUCAGAAAGACGUUGACACUUCCUAUCACCAGGGUCCUCCAGGAAUGAAGGGAGAGAAGGGAGACCCUUGUACUACCGGCGGUGUUCCAGGCACACCAGGUAUUCCUGGCAUUCCAGGACCUCCAGGCCCACCAGGAAUUCCAGGAUCAUUCUACUAUAACAGAAUUUUCCCGGUCCCUCCAAGACCUCACUGCAAAAUGCCAGUGAAUCAUGAACAGCAAGGCGGCCUUCACAGCUCCAGGCACCCAGGUCACAAAUUCAAUGACGGUCUAUCUGACGGCAUCCUAAAGAGCCAUGUAUUUAAGAAUCUCGAACUCAUGCUGAAGGCUACUGCUCAGAUACCAGAAGGUUCCCUGGUCUACGUAAGAGAAGGAAAUAAAGUCUUCAUUCGAUUGCUUAAUGGUUGGAGCAAACUUUGUCUUGAAGACUUCUUUCCUGGUAUUGCUUCUGAUGAUCCUGCAGUAUCAGUUGAUAUAGCUGAUAUUGCUCCCAGUCUGGUGCCAAGGAACGUUAUUCACCAAGGGCCAGUGCUUCAUAUUGUGGCUCUGAACUCUCCUCUCACGGGUGAAAUAGCUGGGAUCCAUGGAGCCGAUCGGCAGUGUUUUCAGCAGGCUCAGGAAGCUGGACUGCAGGGCACUUACCGUGCCUUCCUCACCUCGAGAAACCAGGACCUGAUUUCCAUUGUGAAGCGAUCUGACAGAGCAUCUGUGCCAAUUACAAACCUUAAGGGUGAAAUACUCUUUUACAACUGGAACAGUCUCUUCAGUGGUUCUGGAGCACAAUUCAAUCCCAAAGUCCCGAUUUAUUCUUUCAGAGGCCAGAAUGUCAUGACUGAUGCUUCAUGGCCUCGUAAGUUAGUCUGGCAUGGAUCAAACACCCGUGGGAUACGAGCCGCAGACAACUAUUGCAAUGAGUGGAGAAAGGGAAAUGGUGCAAAAGGACUAGCGACUUCUCUCACAAAUGGAAAGCUUCUGGAACAGCACUCAUAUAGCUGCACCAACUCUUUUAUUGUGCUUUGCAUUGAAAACAGCGUCCCUCACACAGGCAUGGCAAGAAUAGAUAGUUAUUAGUAUCUGGUAAAUGUUUUUCUGCUUUUACACAAGGUCAAGUGACAAAGAUCCAUUUUAUAUUAUAACAUUGAUGAGAUGUCUCCUUCAGUUGCUAUAAAGCAAUUUCGGGCUUCCUAAAAGGGAUGUAAAAGUUGCUUUAAGUUGCAAGCCCAACCUUUUUUAUAAAAAUUCUUAUAAAAAUAAUGGAAGAAUGAUACUGGAAAUAUUUCUUUUUUCAACAUUGUUUAGACCUGUGCCCAAAUUUUGCCGUCUUUAACAUACCCAGAAAAAUGCAUGUCCCUACAGUUUUCCACAUGAAAUAUUUUAACUAAAUAAUCCUGAAAUCAACUCUUGUGCAGGUAGAAUAUUCAUUCUUAUUUUGUAUCCUGAAUUAUUUAACUGGAAGCAGUCUGACAUGCAUUAGUAGAUUAAAAUUUGCUCUCUCCGAAGCAAAAUGAGUUAACACUGCCCUUUUUCUAUGAUCAUAAUCCACCACACAAUGUAAUUUGCAACUUAGUACUAGUGUAAAUGUCUUUCUCCAAGAAAUAAAUAAAGAUGAUAUGAAAAAAGGGAAUGCUUCUCGAGUGAUAUUGUGAAUACACUUCUGAAAUAGGCAGAGAACAUUAUUCUGCUUUGAACUAAGCUCUUGAACGACAAUUUGCCUGAUUUUCAUGCUGUAUUUAUUAGUAGAUUGACUGUGCAGAGAAUGUUUCAUUCUCCAGAACCCCUUGCCUUUCGCAACAGCUAGAAACCAUUCUAUAUAUACCCCAUCCACCGUUCUGAAACACCUAAGCAAACUGUGGUAAGAUCCAACUGGUUUCAGAUGUUAUGUAAAUUCUUAUGGAUGUCAUGCACUUACUAUUAAAAAAAGGCUAAUCAUUUGCAAUGUUCAAAAAUAACACACAAACAAGAUAAAAAUGAUAAGAAUUUUUCUAUACUUUAUGUUUACUGCUUGUAAAGCAUGUUAUGACAAGUUUGAUUGUUGAAUGAUAUGAGUCACUUAAUCAUAAUAUUAAGAUAUUAGCUGAGAAAAAGUGCUAUUAUUCUUCAAAAGUUAACUAUUUGUUCUCCUUAAACUACUUGCUAUGUGAAGCUAAUUUCUAUGUGUAUUAUUUCAUAUACAGUGGAUUCCAGUUAAUUGGGCCAUUGGGGCAGCUGUUUAUUUUGGACAACUCUUAAAGAAUAAAAACUAAUUGAGAAAAUA